AGUAAAGAAAAAUAUGCAAGCCUCAAGGGACAAAAUAAAAGCCAAAAAGCAAGCUUCCAGGGCUGCAGCUCACACUUUUGUUCCUGGGGAAAAGGUGCUGAGGAGAAACAUCAGAAGUCAGCAGAGGAAAGGAGGGAAGUUAGAGAGAGAUUUUCUGGGACCCUUCACAAUUACCUCUUUACAAGGCAAAAGUGCUAAUUUAGUAAAUGCUGAAGGUGGGAAAUUCACAAAAAUUAGUCUGGAUCACUUGAUUCCAGUUGUGGAGGAAGUAGCUCGAAUUCCCCACAGACUCAAAAUGUUAGACUCAAAAAGUUCAGCACCUCCAGUAGAAAGCACAGCACAUUUGGUCCUUAGCACAGCCCCUUCAGUCCCAAGCACAGCACCUCUGGUCCCAGAUACAGACUCUCCAGGCCAAGGCACAGAAUCUCUAGUUCCAGGCACAGCAUCUCCAGCCCAAAGCACAGCAUCUCUAGUUCCAGGCACAGAUUUUCCAGUCCAAAGCACAGCAUCUCCAGUCCCAGGCACAGAAUCUCUAGUUCCAGGCACAGAUUUUCCAGUCCAAAGCACAGCAUCUCCAGUCCCAGGCACAGCAUCUCCAGUCCCAGGCACAGAACCUCCAGUCCAAGAAUCUCCCGUCCCAGACACAGAAUCUCCCAUCCCAGACACAGAAUCUCCAGUCCCAGGCACAGCACCACUGGUCCCAAGCACAGCCAGUGCUCAAUCUAUCACAUGUUACAGUGAUCUUGAGAAUAUCAUCAGUGCAGUUUGGUCUGGUAGAAGUGAUUGUGUCCUGAUGGCCAAAAUUGGACCAUAUAAAAUCUUUGAGACGGACAUAGCACACCUUGGACCUGGCAGAGAAUUGGAGAGCGAGGUUAUUAAUUCAUACAUUUUUACACUGGUGAGGAAGCAUAACCAGGAGCACGAGGGCAAGGCUUACAUGAUUGACACCUUUGCAAUGACCAAAAUAUGGCAAGGGUCAUAUCAAAUGCUAAAAAAGGUAUGGUAA